AUCCGCGCCCUUUACAACGUGCUGGCCAAAGUCAAGCGGGAGCGGGAUGAGUACAAGAGAAAAUGGGAAGAGGAACUGACAAGAAGAAUGAGUCUGGAAUCUAUGGUGGAAACCUUGCGAGAAGAGGCACAGGAAGCGGAAGCUCUCCAGGAGGAGUUAAAUGAAAAGAUUGAGAGGCUGAAAGCGGAACUUGUGGUCUUUAAGGGUCUGAUGAGUGAUCCCAUGACAGACCUGGACACAAAGAUUCAAGAAAAGGCCAUGAAGGUGGACAUGGACAUCUGUCGACGAAUCGAUAUCACAGCCAAGCUGUGUGAUGUAGCGCAGCAGCGCAACUCUGAAGACGUUUCCAAGAUAUUCCAGGUGGCUUCCAAGAAGAAAGAACGCAAGCUCGCGUCUGAUGAUGACCUCUCUGAACAGGAUGGAGACAAUGGCAGGUUCUCUGAUGAUGAGGUCAGCUGUUCUUUGAACAUCACGGAUGAAAUGAAGCGUAUGUUUAAUCAGCUUCGUGAGACAUUCGAUUUUGAUGACGACUGUGAUAGUUUAACGUGGGAGGAGAAUGAGGAAACGUUGCUUCUUUGGGAAGACUUCACAAACUGCAAUCCUUCAAUUGACCUCCAAGGAGAGGAAGAAAACCUGGGAAACUUGAUCCACGAAACAGAGUCUUUCUUUAAAACGAGAGACAAGGAAUACCAAGAAACAAUAGGGCAAAUAGAGCUGGAAUUGGCCACGGCCAAGAGUGACAUGAAUCGCCACCUUCAUGAAUAUAUGGAAAUGUGUAGUAUGAAAAGGGGCCUGGAUGUACAAAUGGAAACCUGUCGUAGGCUUAUCAAAGGCUCAGCUGACAGAAAUUCUCCAUCUCCCAGCUCUGUAGCCAGCAGCGACUCAGGAAACACAGAUGAAAUUCAGGAUGAGUUGGACAGAGAGACGGAUGUGGAGCCCAUGGUCAGCUGAUACAUAGUUGGAGCAUUCCAGUGAAAGGGAAGAUACAAGAGAAGAUUAAAACCAGUACACUGAUGGGGGGAAAAAAAAAGACUUGUAAGCCCUUG